AUUUAGCGGACGUAAGUGCUAAAUUGUAAGCACCAGCUCCAAAACGAAUACUUUCAAGAUGAGCACUACGCCUCACUUCAACGGACGGUCCAAUCUUGCAAGCAAGGAUACAAACCGGAUCAUCAUUAUCAUUAUCCGUCCAUUCUCUUCUGCUUGUUUAUCACUGUCCUCCGACUAUCCUUCUGUGGCACGUUGUCAAACAUGAUGUCGGAGGAUGAGAGACGAAAUGCUGAGGCCGGCCAAGCAGCGCGGCCUCGACCUCCACCUAAUCGCCGACGUGACAAAGCCCAAUUGAGUUGUAACCUGUGCCGACGAAGAAAGCUGAAAUGCGACCGUGUCCGUCCAUCAUGUGGAAAUUGCGUCAGGCGCAGGGUGGAAUCACAAUGCAUCUUUCCUGCUCAUAGCACGUUGGAGUCGGGAAGACAAGUGGAAGCUCUCCCCACAACGGCCAAUACGCUCGAAAGACUCCGCCAGCUGGAAGAGAAUGUCGUGAACAUGAUGCAGAGGCAUGGGCCUUCGGAGCAUGUGCUUGAAUCGAAUGCGCUACUCACUCCCGGCUCUAGUGCAAGCAAUGGCAUCACAACAGACGACGAACCAAUGCGAGAGCACACUGGUACGACUCCAGAUUGCUCGAAUUGGUCUUCUAUCCUCCAAUGGCUACGCAACAGCUCAGGCUCAAGGCUCGGAAAUGCAGCUCGUGUCGAGCAACGGUGUUCCGGGCCUUUGCUGUUAUACGGCUGCCCGCCAGCCACAAGUAUAGAAGAAUUAUUGGAAUGCCUCCCGCCAAGACACCUAGUGAACCGACUGAUAUCCAAUUAUUUCAAUGGGCUAGACUUGUCCUCUGCUAUCGUACAUGGUCCCGAAUUCCUCAAGGAGUAUGAGAACUUUUGGGACAACCCGACCGCCGUCGCCCCGUUCUGGCUUGCGUUACUGUAUGCGAUGCUAUGCACAUCCAUUCAAUUCCAAAUAGCCAAUCCAGAAAACCCCGUACUCACCGAAGAGGUCUUAGGCCCUUCCUUCGAUCAAUACAAGGUGAAAGUAGUUCAAUGUCUCAUGUUUGGCGGCUAUACCAACGGAGGCCCGUACGCGAUACAGGCUUUGAUGCACUACGCCAUUGUGGAGCUCUUCGUAAUGAAAGACGCUGAUACUGGAGUCUGGGUGCUCGUGGGCAUCCUGGUCAAUGUGGCUAUGAAGAUGAGCUAUCACCGUGACCCGGCCUGUUUCCCUAACAUAUCUCCUUACGAGGCUGAAAUGCGACGGCGGCUCUGGAGAUCAAUUGCGGUUCUUGACAGUGCCAUAUCUGAGUCAGUGGGUGUGCAGCGCUUGAUGAGGAAUGUUAACGAUGUUGCAGAGCCGCGGAACUUACUAGACUCUGAUUUCGAUUCCAACACAACUGUACUACCUCCUGCGCGUCCUGACACAGAACCCACACCAAUGCUUUACUGUCUGGCCAAAGGAAGAGCAUUGGCGGUGUUUGGGCAGGUGACCGACCUGGUUACUGCUAGCCGAUUAUGUCCUUACACCGAGGUCAUGAGUGUUGACUCAAUCCUUGCCAAAGCGUGUUCGGAGGUACCGGUGUGCUACAAGUGGAAGCCUUUAUCACAUUCCAUCACCGACUCUGCACAGAUUAUCUGUCGUAGAAUGUACCUCGAAAUUGUGUACCUUAAAGCUCGAAUGGUCCUGCACUUGAAGUACGUUGUACAGUCGAAGAACCCGAAUCAACACGCGUAUUCACGCAGUACGAUUUUCGAAGCGAUCACUCGGCUGCUCGAGCUCCAUCACAUUUGCGACGAAGAAACUCAACCGUCUGGUCAGCUUUUCUCAGUGCGAUGGCGCUAUCUGAUUGCAGUUCAUCAAAACUUUCUACUUGCCAGCAUUGCGGCUUGUUUUUUUCUCGAGCACAACAAAUCAGACUUGAGUCAUGAGAAUCUCGAAACCCUGAAGGAGCUCUGUCGCAAAUCCCAGGGCAUCUGGAUCCGUGCUAGCAGGUCAUCGACAGAAGCCAUGAAAGCUGCAGAAGCCUUGCGCAUUGCUCUCGAUGACCUCGGAGGUCCUGAUAUAUCGUUGCCGUAUCAAGAAUCGCCAGUUCCAGGUCUUGACCCUGCUCCAGGCGGCUGGGAAAGCUCAUAUCUCCCCGGAUAUUUUGGCGGAUUUGAUUUACCGUUCCCAUAUAUCAACCUGUUUGAUGGACUGUCAAUACCUCCCACCCCUUACACCACCCCGGACACUUUGCUGGUUCCUCCAGUCACUGGUCAAUCCGGCCAUUACUUAAUUCAUAAUUCGUGGGUUACAAGUCCUUGAAGCCGGCUAUCUACCGUUUCUCCAUGAUACCAGAGUCAGGAUGCGUCAGAGUGAGCCAAUGAAGCCAGGCUCUAUCCAACCACCCUGCUAUUAUAUGGCGGUUGGGUAUAAUCGUAUGCUUUGCUAUUUGACGGAGGAGGAUACGAUGUGAUAGGCUUUUGCAACAUUAGCUGUCUAGAAUAAUAAUAAGGGCAUUGUGGUAACCACCGCGAAAGCCCGUGUGCUCCUUGCUGAACCAGCCGGGAUAGAUGUGUUUUGGCUGCGUUGCCGCUAUCAAGAAUAUUCGAGACUGCGUCUCAUCUUAAUCGCACUUGAUGUGUCGGG